AUAAAAGAAAAAUCAUAUGUUUCCAAAGGGCUCCAUUUAACAUCUCUGUGCAUGAUAUGUCUGCUUUCCUUUGCUCAUUCGCAUCUUUGCUCUUUCUUCAUCUGGCUGUUUCUCUGACACCUGGUUCAGGCUUUGCCAAGACUUGGCAUCCACAUUCUUCUCUCAGGCCAGGUCCUGCUUUAGCCAAUGCUUGUCACCCUGUGUCCUACUUAGCAAACCCUUUCCUCUUCGGUCUGUAAACAAACUGCAUACUCUUUUACGGAAUGGCCAACCUUUGGCUUUCCGAGCUUUAGGGAAAUUGUUAUUUUCAAAGCACUUUCUACCACAUUUUUCUCCUCCUUCCCCCUCACUCUUCCCAAUCCUGCCCCCUUGCUACAGUACCACUCUUGAGGCUUGCUGCACAAUGUACCUCACCAAAAAGAGGGGCAAGGAGUGAUUUUUGGCUAUUUUUAUAGUAGCAUUUUAAUGUUUUUAUUAGAGAAAAAAUGGUAUUUCUGCUUGAAUUUAUCUCCAAACUUUUCCUUUUGGUUUUGCACCUGUGAGACUUUGGAAAGUCAUGAGAUUAGAGGCUAUCCAGGGAGUCUUGGGGAACAGCAUAGCAAUGCUAAUAAUAAUGAAAAUAGCAGACACUUAUUUAGCACCUUAAUUCAUAAAUGGCAGGGAUGGGACAUGAACCCUGGUAGUCUGGCUCUAAAGUCUACAUUGUUCUUGCUUAAGUAAAUGUGUUUAAGAGCUCAUGUGUUUGGUAAUCCAGCCCUGAUAGUUUUUGUUAUAUCAACCACAUUUACCAGAGAACUAUAGCAUUUUUAUCUGCUUAUACUGGAAAAUGAUUUGAUGGCAUAUAAAAGCCAAAUAAUGAUAGUUCAUAUUUAGGGAACACUUUCUAUGUGCCCGCUGCUUUACCUGCAUUACCCUGCUUAAUAAUUACAACUCCCAUUUUUACAGAUGAGGAAACAGGCACAAAGAAAUCAAGUGACUUUCCCAAGAUCAUACGGCUUCCUAAUUGGUGAAGUCUAGUUCUCAACCCAGACACCCCAUCUUUGCAGUGUGUGCUUCUAAAUACUGAGAUACCUGUUAAAUGACUUGCAAAAUUAAGUCUGUUCUUUCUUAAAGAGGCAAGCAAGAUGGCUAGGCAUACAGUUUGGAGCGUAGUGCCCAUUCUUUCCCACUGUACGUCCUGUGAUGUAACCAUAAUAUCAAAGACUUCUACUUUUUGCUUUUACUAUUUCCUUCUCCUAAAUUUCUUUCUUAUAAAAUCUCACCCAUUUCCAAGACCCAACUCUAAUGAUAUUACCUCCAUAUAGUUUCCAUUCUAGAGGUGAUCUCUGUCUUCCCAAGGCUCCUUCUUUUACUGCUGUGGCAUUAUUUUCUCCUGUGUUUUGGAAACUCUUGUUUACACGUCUUAUUUCCUGACAAGAUCUUGUAUUUCCUAAUGCCAGCAACUUUGACUUUUGCCUCUGGUUCACUAUAUUUGAUGAGUUCUUGGCCAGAUUUUGCUAAAUUGAAUUGUGACUUGAGAAUUGGGUCACCACAUGAGGAUGUAUAACCUCCUAGCCAGGGCAAAGAAAAAAAAAACAAAAAAAAACAAAACAAAAACCAAUACGGUUUUUCUGGCUCUAAUUUUCCAACUUUGAAGUUUAUGCUGACUUGAUCUCUUGUGUGCCCUUUCAACACUGCUUGCUUGAUAACACUUGGUAGGCUUAAUUAAAGUUAAUUUAGUCAUUUUUUCUCCCUUUAACCAAUUUUCGAAUUUGCAAUCUGUUGUGGGACAACUUUACAUGGCGUAUAUUUUUGUAAAAUCUUUCACAUGUACAAAAAUGCAUACUUGUAAUGCUUGAGUUAUUCAGAAAAUAGAUGGUGCUAAAAAAAUAAAAAUACUGUCAAUUUAAUGAAGAUCCUUAGGUUUACAAAAUUAAUGCCUAAUUGUGUUUAUAAUUAUAAAGUUUCAUUCAUUUGUAAUUUUGAAAUAAGAAAUGUUACCCUGUUCUCCUUUUGUUAAAAUAAUGUGGAGACAUUUAUAGGAGAGGGAAGAUAUUGGAGAAAAUAACUCAAGUUACACUUAUUUAUACUUUGCUUGUUCCAGAAAGAGUCAUUAAGAGCUUAUAAAGAGACAGAAAGUAUGAUAGGUUGUCAUACAUUAAAACCAGAGUCCAAAAUAAGAGGAAAACAAGGGUUGGGAGCAAAGUAGAGUUGGGGUCAAGCAGAAAUGCUCGACAAAAUAUACACAUGGGCAACAUAUUUGGUUCUGAGAUUUUCAGUACUCAAUUUGAAGAGUGAAACCUGUGAUUAAGGCCCACUCAGCUGCAUUUCUGUGCUAACAAGUUGUGGCCUGUUUUUUCAAAUGAACCAGGCUGGCCAAAUUCAGGUUACAGAGGAAAUCUACCUUGUGGGUAGAAAGUGCAGAGAACUGAAUGCCCUUCCUCUGGAUCUCUAAGGAGCGAGGCUACUUCCCCCGUUGUUCCAUUGUGUUCCAGUGUUCUGCUUUUGUUCUUUGUCCUGACCUACACUCUGUGUAUCUCUGCAUAUCUCUAGGACAGUCUCAUAAUGUGACAGAACUGGAGACAGAGACACACAGAGGCAGAAAGGCCUCCUUCAGGAUGAGCAGGGUUAGAAUAAUCAUAAUCCAGGAAAACCCAGUAACUCAAGAAAAGGAACUGCCCCAGGAUUGCUGAGGCAAAGUGAAACUACAAAGCUGAUUGGAGAUGUCACCAGAGGUUUUCACAAAUCUUGAAGCAACCUGAUGACACCUGGAAUUCAGAUUAUUUUCUUCCUCCACAUUUAGAACCAUAGGAAGCUAAGGAAUUUAUUUGCAAUUUUAAAAAAAGAUGGAAGAAAGAAGAAAAUUAAUUUGUUAUGGGCUUGUUAAUUGUCUUGAAAUAAAGGAGGUUUUGAUAGAUGCUGUAGAAAGAAAACGUAUAAGGCAUCGUGGUGGUUCUUAUGUUUUGAGAGAGCGGGAGUAGGCACAGAUAAUUAUGGUAUGAGUCAAGACACUAUCCUGGUUGAAUGAUGCAUGCAGUGAGGAUAUAGCUUUUGAGGAAUAGGAAGCCAGUUUUAGCUUGAAUGACAGGGAAGGAGGUGGUUCUUAAAAAAUAGGCUGGUUUUCUGUCAGUGGAAUUGAUGGAAAGGGCAUUCUAGGUGAAGUGAGUAAAAUAAUCAAAUAUCUGAAGGAAGGAAAAUGACAAGCAUUUAAGUAAAAGAGUGACUAGACAUUUCUAUUCGAUAAAUAAAGCUGGAAGACACUGUGUAAUGUCUGAAAGCCUAUCUAUGAAUUUUGGACUUGAUUCCAUAAGCAACAGAGAACUUUGAAGUUUGCAAGCAGAAGUGACACAACAUUCUUGACAUUCUGGUCCAUGGACUGCAACCCCCUCCCGUGACCCGUGGGACUGUAAGCUCCUUGAAGACAGAGGCCAUGACUGUUCUGCUUACUAUAUAUAUAUACAGUGUCUCACACAAUGUCUGGUAUAUGAUAUGCCUGCAACAAGUACACUGAAUUAAUGGAUGAACUUUUCUGGAGGUGGUUUAGCAGAUGAAUUAGUUUGGCAAAGAGACUGGGAACAAAGUGAGCAUUUGUUCCACAGCUUCACAUUUGGAUACCUACAAUAUGCCCAGCUCUGUGAGAGGUGCUAAGAACGCAAAGAUUAAUAGAUGUGAUGCUGCCCUCAGGGUGGCCAAAUUCAAGGGGAAAGGAUGUUGUGUAAGCUAUACAUUAUACUAGCCUGAGAUAAGUUUUCAAAGAGAGGUAAGCAUGGUAUUGCCACCAGGAAAGGAAUGAACAGCUCUAUCCAGGAAGGCUUGGGCAAGUGCUUGUCAGGAGGUUAAGUCACACCCUGACCCAAGAUCAGGAGUAACAGGCUGCAGAUGCCUAGGUGUGGAGAGAUCAGACACGCAGAAGAUAGACAAAUUGGGGACCCAAGAGAAAAGACUCUAGGUUUUGAACUGGAUUCUGAAGGUACAUUUCUUUCAUAUGCGGUGAUACUUGCUUCAAGGUGCCUACUAUUAGGUUCCUGGUCUUUGCAACUAUCGAUGCCAAAUGCAUCUUAUCCACCCGUUUUCCAUGAGUUGAUUUCCGAUACAGGCCGCCUGCUCUGCCUGCAAAGGGAAUGGCUGCAAGCUGUGGCAGCUUUCCACUCCUCCCUUGGAAUCACCUGGGCUUGCUUUCUCUUUGCUGGCUAAUUUCUCUCUUGCAAACUUUUCUAGGAGUUGUGCUGAUGCUUCCAGCCAUUAACUUCGAUAGUGCCCAAAAUAGCAUGACAAAGUCUGAGCCCGCCAUCAGGGCGGGUGGACACAGAGCUCGGGGUCAGUGGCAUGAAUCCACAGAAGCUGUUGAACUUGAAAAUUUUAGUAUAAACUACAAGAAUGAGAGAAAUUUCAGCAAACAUCCUCAGCAUAAACUAUUUCAGGAGAUCUUUACCGCCUUGGUGAAAAAUAGACUCAUAUGCAGAGAGUGGGUUAAUCGAGCCCCAUCUAUUCAUUUUCUGAGAGUGUUAAUCUGUCUGAGGCUACUGAUGAGGGAUCCAUGUUAUCAGGAAAUACUCCAUAGCUUAGGUGGGAUUGAAAACCUAGCUCAGUAUAUGGAGAUUGUAGCCAAUGAGUACCUCGGCUAUGGAGAAGAGCAGCACACUGUGGACAAGCUGGUCAACAUGACAUAUAUUUUUCAAAAACUUGCUGCAGUCAAAGAUCAAAGAGAAUGGGUCACCACAAGCGGAGCCCACAAGACAUUAGUAAAUUUACUUGGUGCCCGAGAUACUAAUGUUCUAUUGGGUUCCCUUCUGGCCCUGGCUAGUUUAGCAGAAAGUCCAGAAUGUAGGGAGAAGAUAAGUGAACUCAACAUUGUAGAAAAUCUGUUGAUGAUUUUACAUGAAUAUGACUUGCUUUCUAAAAGACUAACAGCGGAGUUGCUGCGCCUACUUUGUGCAGAGCCCCAGGUGAAAGAGCAGGUGAAGCUCUACGAGGGGAUACCUGUCCUCCUCAGUUUGCUCCACUCGGACCACUUGAAGCUGCUCUGGAGCGUUGUCUGGAUUCUGGUACAGGUUUGUGAAGACCCUGAGACCAGCGUGGAAAUUCGCAUUUGGGGAGGCAUCAAACAGCUUCUUCAUAUUUUACGAGGAGACAGAAAUUUUGUUUCUGAUCGCUCCUCCAUUGGAAGCCUGUCCAGUGCAAAUGCUGCAGGCCGAAUCCAGCAGCUUCAUUUAUCAGAAGACUUGAGCCCUAGGGAAAUACAAGAAAAUACUUUCUCACUUCAAGCAGCCUGCUGUGCUGCCCUCACUGAGCUGGUGCUCAAUGACACCAAUGCCCACCAGGUGGUUCAGGAAAAUGGUGUAUAUACAAUAGCAAAAUUAAUUUUACCAAAUAAGCAAAAGACUGCAGCAAAAACUAAUCUAUUACAGUGUUAUGCUUUCAGAGCCUUGAGAUUUCUCUUCAGUAUGGAAAGAAACAGACCACUCUUUAAAAGACUUUUCCCCACAGAUUUGUUUGAGAUCUUCAUUGACAUAGGGCAUUAUGUACGUGAUAUCAGUGCUUAUGAAGAAUUGGUAUCCAAGCUGAAUUUAUUAGUGGAGGAUGAACUGAAGCAAAUUGCUGAAAAUAUUGAAAGCAUUAAUCAGAACAAAGCUCCUUUGAAAUAUAUAGGCAACUAUGCGAUUUUGGAUCAUCUUGGAAGUGGAGCUUUUGGCUGUGUUUACAAGGUUAGAAAGCGUAGUGGUCAAAAUCUUCUAGCAAUGAAAGAGGUCAAUUUACAUAACCCAGCAUUUGGAAAGGAUAAGAAAGAUAGAGACAGCAGCGUAAGGAAUAUUGUUUCUGAAUUAACAAUAAUUAAAGAGCAGCUUUAUCAUCCCAACAUUGUACGUUAUUACAAAACAUUUCUGGAAAACGAUAGGUUGUACAUAGUUAUGGAACUUAUAGAAGGAGCCCCGCUUGGAGAGCAUUUCAGUUCUUUGAAGGAAAAACAUUACCAUUUUACUGAAGAAAGACUAUGGAAAAUAUUUAUACAGCUGUGCUUAGCUCUUCGAUACUUACACAAGGAGAAGAGGAUUGUCCAUAGAGAUCUGACACCAAACAACAUUAUGUUGGGGGAUAAGGACAAAGUAACAGUUACUGACUUUGGCCUGGCAAAGCAAAAACAAGAAAACAGUAAACUCACGUCUGUUGUUGGAACAAUCCUGUAUUCUUGCCCUGAGGUACUGAAGAGUGAGCCGUAUGGGGAGAAGGUUGAUGUCUGGGCAGCAGGUUGCAUCCUUUAUCAGAUGGCGACUUUGAAUCCCCCCUUCUACAGCACUAACAUGCUGUCCUUGGCUACAAAAAUAGUGGAGGCGGUAUAUGAACCAGUGCCAGAAGGUAUCUACUCUGAAAAAGUAACAGACACCAUCAGCAGGUGCCUCACUCCUGAUGCGGAAGCUCGUCCAGAUAUUGUAGAAGUCAGUUCGAUGAUAUCAGAUGUCAUGAUGAAAUAUUUAGACAACUUAUCUACAUCCCAGUUGUCCUUGGAGAAGAAGCUAGAACGGGAACGAAGACGCACACAAAGGUAUUUUAUGGAAGCCAACCGGAACACCGUCACAUGUCACCAUGAGCUGGCUCUUCUAUCUCACGAGACCUUUGAGAAGGCAAGCUUGAGUAGCAGCAGCAGUGGAGCAGCCAGCCUGAAAAGUGAACUUUCAGAAAGCGCAGACCUGACCCCUGAAGGCUUCCAGGCCUCCUGUGGUAAAGAUGAAGACAGGGCCUGUGACGAAAUCCUGUCAGAUGAUAACUUCAACCUGGAAAAUACUGAGAAAGAUACAUAUUCAGAGGUAGAUGAUGAAUUGGACAUUUCGGAUAACUCCAGCAGCUCCAGUUCAAGCCCUCUGAAAGAAUCUACAUUCAACAUUUUAAAGAGAAGUUUUAGUGCUUCAGGAGGAGAAAGACAAUCCCAAACAAGGGACUUCACUGGAGGAACAGGAUCAAGACCAAGACCAGCUUUGCUGCCUCUCGACCUGCUUCUGAAAGUGCCACCCCUCAUGCUCAGGGCCCACAUUAAGGAACUAGAGGCCGAGUUAGUGACAGGGUGGCAGUCCCAUAGCCUUCCUGCUGUGAUUCUUCGAAAUCUCAAAGAUCAUGGGCCACAGAUGGGCACAUUCUUGUGGCAAGCAUCGGCAGGAAUUGCUGUGUCCCAGAGGAAAGUGCGUCAGAUCAGCGAUCCUAUUCAGCAGAUAUUAAUACAGCUGCACAAAAUAAUCUAUAUCACACAGCUUCCUCCAGCUUUGCACUACAAUUUGAAAAGAAGGGUUAUAGAGAGAUUCAAGAAAUCCCUCUUCAGCCAGCAGAGUAACCCUUGUAAUUUGAAAUCUGAAAUUAAAAAGUUGUCUCAGGGAUCUCCAGAACCGAUUGAGCCCAACUUUUUCACAGCAGAUUACCAUUUAUUACAUCAUUCAUCCAGUGGAAACAGCAUGUCCCCAAAUGACCCUACAGGUUUACCAACCAGCUUUGAAUUGGAGGAAGGAAUAACGUAUGAACAGAUGCAGAUUGUGAUUGAAGAAGUCCUUGAGGAAAGUGGCUAUUACAAUUUUACAUCUAACAGAAGAGCUGAAAACUCACUCCUAUCACUUAAAUCUACCCACUAUGUGCACGGAAGGCUAGGGACAAAGUGCAACUGAACAAAGAAUCAUUUCUUGUGAAUUUGAGAUAUAUUUGUGGAGAAGAGACUUUGCUAUUGUAUGUUGCCAUUUGUUUACCCUAAAUAAAAAACCUCCAUUUACUGGAGCUGUAUGUUAUCUUCCAAUAUAGCUAUUAUUGUUGUUCUAAGAAUAUAUGCUAUUUUAUCAACCACAUCAAUUUUUAUAAUUUUAGUUUUGGAAAUAGUGUUGGCACAACAAUUUGAGUACAAUUAGUUUACUAAGAAGUUAUUCAAGAAAGAUUUUAUAAUCAAGCAAAUUAGCACUGUAGUUGAUUGGAGCCUGAUCCCACUGGGGAAAUCUAAGAGCUGGUGUAGAACAUGUACCAGGGCCAUCCCACAUGAAGAGUGAGAGAGCUGAGGUAUUUAUCCUCCAAUCUCCAUCAGUCAUUGUUUAAGGCCUUUCCCUAGGAAGUGUUAAUUCCCUGUUUUUUUCUGGCCUUUUGUAAAUAUGAACAAAGAAGACUCCAGGGGUCAGAGAAAUCCUCAGGAAAAGAAAUGCAGAUAUUUCUUUAUGAAUUUCUUUAUGUAUUGGCAGGUAGAAAUCUGCCAGCAUGCUUUGAAGUGGAAUAGAUAGGGGUAUGGGCGUUUACAGUGUCUGCCACACAAGAGUUGUCUCUUGACUUACCUAAGGAGCCUACUCAUAGCUGAGUCAUCAAAUUGAUUGCAAGUAUCCACACACACACACACACACACACACACUCUAUAUGGGCCACAGUUGUUUUAGGAGGCAUAGUCCUUUGGAGUCUAUUCUCUCAAAGUGGUCUUUUAUGCCUGGAGGGACUGCCUUCCUUUUCAAUUAUUGAAACUAUUUUGUGACCGUCAUUUAAAUUAUUCCAGAAGUCUUCACCAAAGAUGACUAGUAACAACAGGAAGAGAAAGAGGCUCAAGAACCUCCUGUUAAGGUCAUUAUAUAGAAAUUAGAUUCUUUUUUAAGGUUAGUUCAGUCUCCAGUGUUUCUUCUCCUUUUUCUUCUUCUUCUCCCAUUUCAAGGA